UGCUCACCGCAACACGACAUCCGGUCGUUGAAUGUGCGAUGGCUGCGCCGUACUUGGAAUCUUUCCCUCUGUAUUUAUCCGAACCAAAUGCGCUUCCACAAAGCAUUCUUCCGGAAGAGGUAGUGAUUUAAACCAUUUAAGUAAUUAAUGCUCGGGGAAACUUGUUUGAGUUUACUUUGAAGUUUCCCAGUCUCCCAUUAGCAUAUCGUUAGCUUGCUAGCGUAUACGCGUUUUUACAGUCGGUGUCGUGAACAGUUCAGAAUUAAUCAUUAUUUUGAGUUGAAAUGUAUUCAAAAAGUGUGAAAGACGAGGAGUACUUGGAGGAAAUGGAAGAAAAUGAAGGACAAGGAGUGGACACUGUUUACAAGAAGCCUCGACACAAAGCAGAUAUUGGUCCAGAGCAGCUUGACAUUAAACAGGAAGAGAGGUCACCAGAGAUGCUGUACAUCAAAGAAGAAGAGCAGGAGGAUGAAAUCACCACGUUUCCAUUGACCAGUGUGAAGAGUGAACAAGACGAAGGACCAAUUGAGGCAAGCGGAGAUGUGGAGCCUUCGAGCUCACGUCAACACCUGCCAAUGAAAGGUGAGAGAGACGAAUGUGAAGGAUCGCAAGCAGACGGCAUCUCAGCAACACUCUCCAAUAGUGACGAUGUAACGUCUUACUCUUCUGACUAUGAUGAUGAACACUCUCAUGAUGAUAUAGAGUUUCACAUUGACGAGAAGAGUGCCAAAUCUUCCAAGUCAUCGCUGAAAAUAGACAACUCCGAUGGUGCGGCUGGGAAAUAUUUUGCUUGCUUAUUUUGUGGGAAAAUAUUCUCCAAUAAGUCAGGUUUAAUUAAACACACAAGAAUUCACACAGGGGAGAAACCUUUUUCCUGCUCAGUUUGUGGUCAAGGCUUCGCUCAGAACGGAAAUUUGAAAAAGCACGCAAGAACACACACUGGAGAAAAACCUUUCUCCUGCUCAGUUUGUUGUCAAAGAUUCGCACAGAAGGAAAGUUUGACAACACAUGCAAGAACGCACACAGGGGAAAAACCGUUUGCUUGCUUGGUUUGUGGUCAAAGAUUCGCUCUGAAGGGAAAUUUAACAAGACACAUAAGAACCCACACUGGUGAGAAACCUUUUGCCUGCUCAGUUUGUGGUAAAAGGUUCUCUAAAAAUACACAUUUAACAGAACACAAAAGAACACACACUGGAGAAAAACCUUUUGCAUGCUCAGUUUGUAGUCAACGAUUCACACAUAAGGAAACUUUAACAACACAUAGAAGAACACACACUGGGGAGAAACCUUUUGCCUGCUCAGUUUGUGGUCAAAGAUUCGCUCAGAAGGGAAAUUUAACAACACACAUAAGAACCCACACUGGGGAGAAACGGUUCACCUGUCAUGUUUGUGGUAAAAGAUUCAGUAAAAAAGCAAAUUUAACAGAACACACAAGAACACAUACUGGGAGUUCUUCAAUAUCCUUGACUUCAAAGGCUUUUUAGCACUAAUUGGAUUGAGCUUUCGCUCCUGUUUUUUCCCCAAGGUGUUCGAAAGCUACAUUUUUUUUUUUUUUUUUACUGUUAUAUUGCUUUUCAUCCCUUCGCAUCUAAACGUGGCUUUUGAAAUACUAUGUGUAGGCCUUCGUCUUGGUUGGAUAUUCUUCAUUUUUCAGACAAUUCAUUUUUGAAUUGUUAAGGGAGGAUUUUUACAUUAGUCCUGUGCAAUUUCAAUAGUCUUGUCUAUUUAAAUACUUUGAAAUCCACUACGUCUUUUUGUGAUUACUGGACAUCAUUUGACUAUUCAGGAUCUCAAACGACUAAUUAUCUGUUGCUCUUUGCAUUUCCAUCUUACCUAUUUGCAGUGAUACAUUUUUUUUCACCUUCUUAUUAAACAAGUCAUUUUUUAUGUCUUGCAAUUCACUACUUCUAUCGUUGACUGAAUAAUUAUGAUGCUUCCACUUCUUGUUGUCAGUAUGAGCAUUAUAGAAGUUUCAUAAAAUAACUUGACUACAUUUUGUGUAGAGAGGUUUAAUGCUGCUAUCCAGAUGGGUAUUGAAUCACAUAACAAUUAUGUAAGAAGUAAGUCCAGUCAAGUUUAUUUAUACAGCCCUAAAUCAACAAAGCCUCCCAGACAGCGGGGUGUCGAGCUUGGCUGGCCACCAUACAAAUAUAGUAUAUCAACAAAUGCAUUUCUGUGAAGCGUCAAGUGAUUAAG